AUGAAGAUAUUCAGGGCGCAAGGUAAUCCUUGUGCCACAGCUCCGUAUAUAUUUCUCAUGCAGUUGCUCCUUCUCUGCCUGUGUUUAUUCUGCACCGGUUCCGCCCAAUCCAGCCUUACCAAAUGCCCCGGCAGCUCCAUCAACAUCCCAUCCCCUUUCAACAUCCCUGACAACUCGAGCAUCUCGAGGAAUCCAGGCUUCGACAUAUCAUGUGAAUCAACAGGGCCAAUGAUAUCGCUCGGUCGCAAGCAGUACAGGGUCCUGGGCAUCUCGCUGCUCCAGGGCUAUGUACGUGUAACCGGUCACACCGUCUACACCCAGUGCCAGCAGAACGCUGGCCCGGUGACCACAAACUUCAUUGACCUUCGGGGCACGCCUUUCACCUUCUCACACACACUUAACAAGUUCACCGUCGUUGGCUGUGACUCCAUGGCCAUGAUACAAAGCCCGGACGUAACGAGUCGGUACAGGGGAGGCUGCGUGUCGUUCUGCGCUUCCGAGGGAAGCAUCACCAGUGGCGCAUGCUCUGGGGUGGGCUGCUGUCAAGCUUCAGUGCCCGAGGAACUCAAGGUACUGAAGUUAGAGUUUACCAGCAUACGGAGCCAGCUCCUGCAGUCCUCCGGAUCUUUGGGGAACAUCAGUAAAAGCAGUAGCGCAUGGUGCAGCAAGGCGUUCAUUGUGGACCAAGGUUCCUAUGUGUUCUCCAGGGAUCACUUGGACAGAAACCUGACAAACCUGCCAAUGGUACUUGACUGGUCUAUAUCCGGCGGCAACUGCUCAGAGGCGCGUAGUGCGCCUCAGACCUACAUGUGCAAGGAGAACACCGAUUGUUAUACCGUGGCAAAUAACACUGCAUACCGCUGCAACUGUUCUGAAGGUUUCACUGGGAACCCUUAUCUGGGAUGCCAAGAUAUUGAUGAAUGCAAAGACAAAAAUAAGUAUCCCUGCAUGCACAGGCACAAGUGCAUCAACACAGUUGGUGGUUUUAACUGUGCAUGCCCCAUGGGCAUGACGGGGGAUGGUAAGAAGCAGGGCACUGGGUGCAAAAGAGAUACAACGCUACUGAUUGCUGCAGGUGGAGGCCUGCCUUUGCUGCUUGUCCUCCUCAUGCUCGGAUUCUGGACCCACUGGCUUUUCACGAAGAGAAAGCUUGCGAAGAUAAGACAGAAAUACUUUUUGCAGAAUGGUGGCAUGCUCCUGAAGCAGCAGAUGUUUUCUCAGAGGGCGCCGUUGAGGAUAUUCACCUCUAGCGAGCUUGAAAAGGCAACCAACAGAUUCAGUGAUGACAACAUAGCUGGCCGAGGUGGGUUUGGAACGGUCUACAAAGGCAUACUAUCUGAUCAAAUGGUUGUGGCGAUCAAGAAGGCGCAGCGAGUUGAUCAGAGCCAGGUGGAACAAUUCGUUAAUGAGAUGGUCAUUCUCUCACAAGUGAACCAUGAGAAUGUGGUCCAGCUAGUUGGUUGUUGUCUCGAGUCAGAAGUUCCAUUGUUGGUUUAUGAAUUCAUCACCAACGGGGCCCUUUUUCACCACCUCCACAACACAUCAGCCCCGAUGUCGUGGAAGGAACGCCUAAGGAUUGCAGUGGAAACUGCAACAGCACUUGCCUACUUGCACAUGGCCACAGAAAUGCCAAUUAUUCACAGAGAUGUCAAGUCGUCAAACAUACUCCUUGACGAGAGCUUCACGGCGAAGGUCUCCGAUUUUGGUGCUUCGAGGCCAAUGGCCCAUAAUCAGACCCAUGUGACGACCUUAGUGCAGGGGACACUGGGGUACAUGGACCCUGAGUACUUCCAGACAAGCCAACUGACAGAGAGAAGUGACGUCUAUAGCUUUGGUGUAGUACUUAUCGAGCUAUUGACAAGGCAGAAACCAAUAUUUGGCGGUAAGAUGGAUGAGGUGAGAAGCCUAGCAUUGCAUUUCAGUAUACUAUUCCAUGAGAACCGGUUGUCCGAAAUUGUAGAUCCUCAGGUAGACGAGGAAGCUGGGGCUAGACAUGUUAAAACUGUGGCACAGCUGGCCUUGCGUUGCUUAAGGCUGAAAGGUGAGGAGAGGCCAAGGAUGGUAGAGGUUGCAGUCGAACUUGAAGCGCUGCGAAGACUAAUGAAACAACACUGCAUAGUCAAUUCUGAAGAGUGA